AUGCGUAAUUGGAGAAUCCCUCAGCGAACCACUAAAGAGAAAUACGCACUGGGAAUUGUUACCUUGUUCCCUGCAUUGAAAGAUCCCCUCUCCAGGAAGGGAUAUAUAAAUCAAGAUUUCAGCCUCAUUUUUGGACCAGAAACAGCUGACAAACUGCUUGAAAAGUGGCAUCCAUCCUUUUAUAAAAGGAAGGUGAUCAAAGAAGCUGAGAGCCUUACAACCACCCCAGUCGUGCAGAGUUUGCUGAGGUCUGCCAGGAAUCAGAACAAUGAUGAAGCCUCUGACUGCCCAGGUAACAGAAGACAAAAGAUCAGUGCAGCUCAGGCCGUGGACCAUCUAGUUGUGUUUCACAAGUCAUGCCGGAGCCUUGAACAACACUUGGAGUGCCAGGAGGCAACUCGUCAGCCAUACCUUCUUGCCGCUGGAACCCGCAAGCAGUCCAUCAACACUUACUACGUUGUGAUCGACAAGAAGCUCAUCCCCUGCCAGGGAACCACGUCAUUGACAGCGUUUGAUGAACUCUUUAAAGUGCACUUCGUUUUCAGUGUAGAUUAUGAUGAUGCUCUCAGCAACAUGUACAGUUUUCUCCAGACAACUGUCUACAACAUUGAUGUUGACACCACUAAAGAGAGUCCAAAGGUGAAGGAGCUUAGAGCCAAGUUUAUGAACAGGACUGGCCCCUUUUAG